AUGGCUCUUCUCCAACGACGUCGCAGCACCCCCUCUUUGUCUUUAGACUUCACCCCCGUCAACCACCGCCCCCUUUUCUCUCUUCCAACCAUCCCUCGCCCCGCCAUACCCACCACCACCUUCACCUCCUCCUCCACCGCCACACCCAUCUUGGCCUCAGACCUCGAACGACUCCAAGUCUUGGGCCAUGGCAGCGGUGGCAUCGUCUACAAGGUCCUUCACAAGCCCACCUCCACCACUUACGCUCUCAAACGACUCACCUCCGACAACAACAACACUGAACUCGACGUCCUCCGCCGCACAACCGGCUCUCCCGACGUCGUGCACUGCCACGCCAUCUUUGAGGAGCCCUCGGGAGACGUGUCAGUUCUCAUGGAGUACAUGGACUCCGGUUCUCUUGAAACCUUGCUCAAGUCUCAAGGUCCCUUUUCCGAAGAAAAACUUGCCCCCAUCGCAAAACAAGUCCUCCACGGCCUUGACUACCUUCACAACACUCACAAGAUCGUUCAUGGGGAUAUCAAGCCCGCGAAUCUUUUAAUGAACAACAAGAACGAGGUCAAGAUCGCCGACUUUGGGUGCAGUUCCGACGAGUCUUGCAGUUCGUUGACCAUGGGGACUUGUGCUUAUAUGAGUCCGGAGGGGCUAAACCGGGAGAUGUAUGGUGGGUCUUGCAGUGGCUAUGCUAGGGAUAUUUGGAGCUUUGGGGUGACUCUAAUGGAGCUAUACAUGGGUUACUUCCCUUGGCUCCUCAAAGGUCAGAAAAAGGAUCUGCCCUCCCUUAUGUGGAUGUGCACCAUCUGUUUCGGAGAGGCACCGUGCUUGCCGGAGGGUGCGUCGGAAGACUUCCGGAGCUUUAUUGAGUGCUGCAUGCACAAGGACGCCACCAAGAGGUGGACAGCGGCUCAGCUCUUGACCCACCCCUUCGUCUGCAAGGUUCAAUCCGAGGAGUGCAAACCUAGCUUGGUGAACAAGAAACGCAAACGAGACGAUAAUGAUGAUGGUGAUGAUGGUGACGAGCAAAGUGAGAUCUCAAAAAGUAUUAGGCUAAACUAA